ACAUAUUUAGCACCAAAGAGUAUUGGAAAAUGCAAGCACAUUUAAUGAAGAAAAAGCUUUGAUUCUUAAAGAAAUAAAAUAUUAAAAUAUAAGUACGAUUUAAUACAUCAAUAAAUACUAUAGCAUCAUUUGUAAAAUUUUACGGAAGUGGAAAUUAUAUAAAAUCAAAGGACCUUAGUUUUAUUACUUUUUAAAAAGAAAUAAAUCUUAAUAUUUCGAAGAUUUUAUUUGAUUCAUGUAAAAUUCUUUAUUGGAUUGGAGGGGUAAUAGAAAAGCGUCGUUACAAGUAGCGUUUUAUCUUGAACUUAAGUCUUAGAUUCUUCUAGCGUUUUCUGAAUGAAUAAUCAUUGCGUCAGAGAAACAAGGCGUGGUGGAGUGCGAGUGGAUUGAAACUUGGCGAGUCAAAACAAUAAAAAGGCAUGCUUCAUGGUCGAAAGACUACAAACUCUGCUCUAUUAUAUAGUUUUCUUAUUUUACCGAAUUCUGGGUUUGUUUGUUCUCUUUAUAGUAGCUCCUUUUAACUUCAUAGUUAAAACACCGGCUAGAGGAUGACUAGCCAGCCCAGAUUCCCGGAAACAAUUUACGACUUCACUGUCAAGGAUGCCAAGGGAGAUGAUAUAGAUCUUUCUACUUAUAAGGGAAAAGUUCUACUGAUUGUCAAUGUUGCCUCUAAAUGUGGAAUGACCAACUCUAACUACACAGAGCUGAAUCAGUUAUAUGAGAAGUAUAAAGAUCAUGGGUUGGAGAUACUGGCAUUUCCUUGCAAUCAGUUUGGUGAGGAGGAACCAGGAAGUAAUGAACAGAUCACAGAGUUUGUCUGUACUCGUUUCAAAUCAGAAUUUCCCAUCUUUGACAAGAUUGAAGUAAAUGGUGAAAGUGCUGCUCCAAUAUACAAGUUCUUGAAGUCUGGGAAAUGGGGCAUUUUUGGGGAUGAUAUUCAAUGGAACUUUGCAAAGUUUUUGGUGGACAAAGAUGGGAAAGUCGUUGACCGUUAUUAUCCCACAACUUCUCCUCUUAGCCUCGAGCAUGACAUAAAGAAGCUCUUGGGAAUCUCAUGAAGUGUGAAGGCUUUUAACUAGUUGUGCUUGCUUUUUUUGUGUGUUUGUGAGCCGAUGUUUCGGUCAGGUUGUUGUGGUAGAUGCUAUUAUAAUCGUGUGAUGUGUUACGUAUCAAGAUUGAAAAUGCAAACCAACAUCCUUUUUGUUUUAUUAUUAUAUUAUAUUAUAUCAUUUCACAUUGUA